GUUGAUGAUCCCUGUACUAUAGGUUGUCCGUUUGAAUACUGUCCACAUUUCUAAAUGUCUUAGCCCUGAAGUAGCCUACACUAUUUUCCUCUUCUGUGAGUGGACAAGCGCAAAUGUAUCGGUAAAUAUGAUGUGUUGUAUGUGUAAUAUUUGGGUUAAUGAGCAGAAUUACAUUACAGUAAAUUUAACAUAAUUUCGUGAACUUCUGGUUUAUGAUUUCAGAAAUAUUAUUGCGUUGGUCGUGAUGUCACUUCCACUGAUUCUGAGCCCCCAGAUUUUGGGGCUCGCGACUGACGGUUUGAUCCAUCUGGGUAGGUUUACUUUUACGUAUAAAUAAAAUUAUUUCAAUACAACACAUUUUUAACCCAAUUUAUUGUAAACUCAUAUGUUUUUCACUUUUUUAUUCAGAAAAUAUUGCAGGGAAGCUCAGCUUCAUUCAGAGAGAAGGAAAUGUGACUUACGUGCGGGACAAGGAGCUGGCCUCGGAGGUUCCAACCGAAACCAAGUUCGAACUGUUCGAUCCAAGGAACACUUUACGCACCGCCAGAUUGACCUAUACCUGGGACUUCGGCAACGGGUAGGCCUGUGUGGACUUCGCCUGUUUAUCAUCGAAUAUAUGUUUUGUAGUUUUCCUUUUUAUAGUUAAGGCUAUAUAUUUCAAUAUUAUGUGGUUGUUUUAUUUGUUAUUUAUUUAUUCGAUGUUGUGUGAUGCUGUUUUUUUACUGUAGGGAUUACUGUUGUUUUCUAUUGUCUUGUCAGUGUUGUAUGUAUUCCAUCAGGGACCACGUUAGAAACAAGUGGAAUUGCUUUAACGUGUUAUCCCUGGGUUGUCCCCAGUGCAUAUUUUUGCCCAAUAAAUCAUCAAUCAAUAUUCUGGUUUUGUAAGAGAGGUGCUAAAGGGAUCGGAGCCGUCUGUGUACUAUAACUACUCCUCCUCUGGAAACUACACUCUGCGGCUGAGAGUGGUGGCCCAAAUGAACAGAACCUCUACUCCACUAACUGGGGAAUACACCAUGGACAUUACAGUUUUGGGUAGGUAGACAGAAUACAACAUUUUUGUUGAUAAUUAUUUGGUUUGAAAUGGUGUGUUUUGGCAAUGUUGAAAGGACAUCUCUCAUUAAUUUAGUAAAAAGCAGUUUUUAAAUAUCACAUUAGGUCUACCAUACAGCAAGUGUCGGCAACAAUUGAGGUGUAUUGCAUAACUCUGCUAUUUUCCAGACGCCAUCAGAAAUAUUGAGUUGAAGAGCCCUUUGAUAUUCCAGGUUUCCAGAAACAACAGUCUGGCUGUUCAUGUGGAUGGAAGGUGGGUACAAUUUCUCAGUAGGCCCACACAAUGAACACAUACAACAUCCAAAAUGUAUAACCAUAAAUGAUCCGCCGUGAGGCGCUCGCCCGCGCGCGCCGCCGCCUGCGCGCGGGCGACGCGAGGGGCGAAGCGCGCGCGGCGCGCGAGGGCUCGCGGGCGCGCGGCGGCGCGACGGACCCGCGCGCGCGCGCGCCCGGCGCGCCGCCCGCGGGGCGCGGCGCGAGGGCGCGCGCGCGAGCGCGCGCCGAGCGCCUCCGCCCCCGCCCGGGGCCCCGCCAAAAAACAGAAACUACAGACGCGAGCAGCAUCGAGGCGUCCCUCCUCUCUCUCUCUCUCUCUCUCUCUCUCUCGCCUCCGUCGCCCCUCGCUACCCGCGCCGGCGCGCGCGAGCGGGGCCCCUCGGCGCGCUCGCGGCGCGCCCCGGCGCGCGCGCGCGCGCGCGGCGCGCCGCGCGCGCGCCGCGCCCCCCGGCGAGCGCGCGCCCCGCCCCCCGCGCGCGCCCCCCCCCCGCGAGGCAGCGAGGAGGGGAGCGAGAGCGAGCCGAGCGAGCGGCGGGGCGGCGAGCGAGCGGAGCGAGUGAGCGGCGAGGGGCCGACGAGACGAGCGAGGGGACAAACGAGCGGGGCGAGCGGCGCCGAGGGAGGUCCCACGAAGACCGGGCGGGAGCGCCAAACCCCAAACAAAAAAACCCCGAAGCGCGAAAAAGGGGCGAGGAGAGCGGCGGGGACCCGAGUAGAGGCGAGCGCAGGGGAGGAGAGGGAAGAGCGGGCGAGCGCGGGGGAGAGAGCAGCGCGAGAGGAGAGGAGAGAGGAGGGGGAAAAGUAGAGAAGGAAGGAGCGAGAUGGGGAAGCGAAAAGGAUAGAGCGAGAGAGAGGAGAAGAGAAGAGAAGGAGAGGAGAGCGGGAGAGAUGGCAGAGAGGAGAGAGGGAAAGGGGAAGUCGAGGGCGAGGGGAGAAGCAAACCCAGAAAACCCGAAAGAGAGAAGAAAAACACUAGAAAAGAAGGCUAGCCUAAAAAACGAAAGAGAAGGAGCAAGAAGAGAGCGAUAGAGAGUUAGAGAAAGAAAAGAAAAAUUUAUCCCUCAAGGGCUAAUGGACGAAAGAGAAACAGGGGUGCAGGGAGGGGGAGCGCUCGAGCGCAGCGGGAGAGAGAGCGCGGACUCGGGAGCGAGGUAGGGAGCGCUAGACGUGUGCAGAUUGGCGGGAUCCUAGCAGCGCCUAGGAAAGCAGGGCGAGAGCAGGGAGAGAGAGAGAGGGAAGAGGGGCCCGAGAGGAGAAGAAGAGGAGUCGGAGGGCGUCGCGGCGCGCGGGAGGGGAUGAAAGAGGAGAGAGGGAGCGAGAGAGCGAGAGUGAGAGAGAGAGAGCAGCAAGAAGAGAGGAGAGAAGAACGAGAAAAAAAAAACCAAAAAAACCCAAAACAAAACAGAAAAAAAACAAGAACAAAGAAAAAAGGGGAAAAAAAAACCAAAAAAAAAAGAGAAAAAAAGAAAAGAGGGAAAGAGCCCAAAAAAGAAGAAAGGAGGAGAACAAAUAAAAAAGAAACAAAAAAAGAGAAAGGAACCAGACCGAGAAAAAACGCGACGAAGAGACGCCUAAAGCAAACGAAGAAGAGAAAGCCGCUGAGGUCGAGCGUCAAAAGAGGAGAAGCAGAUAGAACUCAUAAAACAGACAAAGAUCGUCUUCGAGGAGAGAGGAGACAUCUAUCUUCGAGCUAGUCGAUAUCUAUGAGAGAGGGGUCUGAGCGUUCAUCUCAGAUCUAGAUAUGAGCUAGAGCUAUCUCUCUAUAUCUCCUAUCUAUCUAUCUAUCUCUUCUUUCUCUCUAUCUGUCUGUUGUCUAUUCUUUAUCUCUCUAGAUUUAUCAUAUAUCUCUCUCUCUCUCUCAUCUUAUACUCAUCCUCUGUGUCUCUAUCCCACCACCCAAUCUCUCUCUCUCUCUCUCUCUCUCUCUCUGUGUGUCUCUCUCUCCCCCACCCCUCUAUCUCUCUCUAUCUCUCCUCUCUCUCUCUCUUUCUCUAUCUCUCUCUAUCUAUAUAUCUGUCUGUCUGUCUGUCUGUCUGUCUGUCUGUCUGUCUGUCUGUCUGUCUGUCUGUCUGUCUGUCUGUCUGUCUGUCUGUCUGUCUGUCUGUCUGUCUGUCUGUCUGUCUGUCUGUCUGUCUAUCUAUAUCUCUCUCUCUCUCUCUCUCUCUCUCUCUCUGUCUCUCUCUCACUAUCCCUCUCCUUUCUCUCUCUCUGUCUCUCUCUCUAGUCCUCCCAUGUGGGUCUGCUGGAGGUUCCUACAGAACUGUGUAUCAGCAACCCCUACAGGCUGUCACCUGACCAUGCUGUAUGAGAACACCAUGAUACUGAACCACACCUUCACAUCUUUAGGAGUCCACUGUCUGGACAUCAGUGCCCGCAACGACAUCAGCAAACUGCAGACCUCCUACAGCAUCUUUGUGAGGAGAGAUCGUAAGUCAGGUGUUAUCAUGUGGUCUGUGGAGAUUUGGUCCACUUUAGUCACGCUAGGCUACAGUACAGUACAGCACACACUUUGUCCUCUCACUAUCAAUACAGUAUAGACUGUUUGAUAUAGUACAAAUUACCCAUCUAUUAGUACAGUGUCGCUCAGCAGUUCUGGUAGCACAAGGGGUUUUGAUGAUAAUUUACCUCUUUAGAUUUCAUGGUUCUUCCUGUAAUCUCAAACUGAACCGAGUGAUAGUGUGUUCAGAGAAAUGAAAAGACGUCAGUGGGACAGUGGCCAGGGUUGAGGAAUGCAGCUAAGGAGUUCUGGAGGAGAGCAAUUUAACGGUAGGACCCACUGUAGCUCAGCUGGUAGAGCACGGCGCUUGUAACGCCAAGGUAGUGGGUUCGAUCCCCGGGACCACCCAUACACAAAAAAAAAAAAAAUGUAUGCACGCAUGACUGUAAGUCGCUUUGGAUAAAAGCGUCUGCUAAAUGGCAUAUUAUAUUAUAUUAUAUUAUAUACUGUAUAUGUCUCCUGUGGUGAAUUGAUUUGUGGUGGAUGGUACGGUUACAGAGGAGUUUCAGGAAGCUUGUGAACUCAUUGUAAUGCAUAACAAAUAGAUUGUUUAAAACCAGAAGACUAAAAUAAUGAUGAAUGAUGGUUUGUGUAAAUAGGAACAUGAUUCAAUGGUGCACAAAGUUAAGACAAGAGGAGACAUGCUAAUAAUCAUGUAUGCAGACACUGGGGAGUAUGACAGUUACUAAUUGGGAGAUAAUUGUAAAAAGAAAAUCAAUUCUGCUUGCAGAACUUCUGACCAGUAUUCAAGCUUGUCUAACUGCAUCAUGUAAUAAUGUAGAAAAACAGUUCUCUAUUUGUCUCUUUAUAGCCUCCAUUAACCUGCUCUUCACCCUGACGUGUGCUGGGAUCAUCUUGGCAAUCCUCGCCUUCAUCACUGUUAUAGCCUGUCGCACUAAGAAUGGACACAACAACAAAUCACAGGUAGGAGACUGACAGAGAGACUUGUUGAAAAAUGUUAGGCCCUGUUUCAAUACUCCUCCUAAAGAAAUGAGGCUAUUCUACAACGUGUCCACAAGGGGGUGAUAUAUACCUAACAAAUUGACUAACGAUCAACUCCAAAAAUUGUCCGUAGCCAUAGAAAGCACUGUCAAGCGGUCAAGCGGUGUUAUACUACUCGAGUACAGGACUCAGAUUUGAUUCAGACUCGAGUCACGAUUCUCAUGACUCGUGACUCGACUCGGACUCGACCAGUAGUGACUCGGACUUGGACUCGACCAGUAGGGACUUGGUUGUAGAAAAUCUCUCUCUUUUGUAUAAUUCAUCAUACUAGCUACAACAGCAAAUGUUAGAUAGCUGUAUUAUCUAAUCAGCCUUACAAAAGUGCAACAUUGUAAUGAAAUGUAGCUUAAAAAGCACUACAAUGGGCACUACAAUGGGACUUGUGACUUGAGUAUAAAGGACUCGGACUUGGAUACGGACUCGAGGUUUACUGGAAUCUACAUCACUGCUGUCAAGUGAUGGGAAUUUGCACAGUGCAUUUGUUCUUGUUCAAUAUGAAAUUACUAAGAAAUGUUCAGACAAUGUAGCCCUAUAAACACCAAAAAAACACUUGUGUGUCAGUGUAAAUGUUUAUAUUUGUUUGUAUAUUUAUUCUUUUACAGAUAUCUAAGUCCAGUAACGCCACUUACUCCAGCAUGGACAUGGAACUACAGCCACAACAGGACAUCCCUGGUAUCACUAGUGAUAUAUAUGUGUCCAGGCCAAAGAAAGGAGAGGUCCAACCCCUUCUGCAGCACGGGACCAGAUCUGUCGCCUACUCCUGCCGCAUCUAGUCUUCAUUUACACACUUUUGAUUUGGGCUUUGUGUUGGACUGAUUCAAGUCAAAUGUUAAUAGUUUGCUAAAAAUGUAUUUUUUGAGAUGAAUAUAUGUCACCAGUGACAUUUAACUAUUAAUUGUCAGUGAUGUAAUACCAAUGUAGCUUACAUUCCUCUGUCUGUGUGGAUUCUAUACUUACACUAUUUUGCCUUUGAUGAUCCCAUCCUCAGACCCAGCCAAAAGCCUGACCUCGAAAACUAAAUAUCCAUCCAAGGGGUUUUAGAGCAGUGGUUCCCAAACUGUGUG